UGCUGUCCCUAUAUGCCUCAAAGUCUACUCGUUGGAGUAUCUGACAAUUUUACAAUCCUCGAUAAGAUGCUCCAAACCAGCAAACACACAAAAUAAAAGCACAACAAUUUUUCAUACGCAAAAAAAAAAAACAUCUUAUUUUUAUAUGCCCUUUAAUUUCUUCCGUUUCUCCUUCUUCUUCUUCUUCUUAGAUCAUGGCUUCUGACCCGAAUUCAUCAACGCCCAAUACCACUUUCGUUCAAGCCGACCCGUCCAAUUUCCGAGCCGUUGUUCAACGACUCACUGGCGCAACUCAAGAUUCGUCUUCCGUGAAGCUCCCUGUUACUGGGCCUGGACCAGCUGGGCCUCGACGACCGGCUUUCAAGCUGCACGAGCGAAGGCAGAGUGCGAGAAAGCUCGAGAUCAUGCUCAACAAUGGAGGCGGCUUCGGUGUCGGCUCACCUUCUCCUUCUCCUUCUUCAUCAGCUAGGAAGAGAAGCUUUUUGACUUCGCCAAUUUCACCACUGGAAAUGCUGACACGUGGCAGUCCGAGAUCGCCGAUGGAGGUGGAAGAAGAAAAAGCCAUUGCUGAAAAAGGAUUUUAUUUGCAUCCAAGUCCACUAAGUACUCCUAGAGGCGCUGAACCUCCUGAACUAUUGCCUUUGUUUCCACUUCAGUCCCCUACUGCAACAAAUAAUUCAUCAUCAUCUAGUUAAUUAAUUAAUGCACUGUUACAUAUUUAAUUAUAUGAAAGAAAUUGAUCAUCAAAAGGUGGUCUUGUUCUAAUGUCUACUUGAUAUAUUGUGUCUCAACGUUUCAGAAUCCGCUAAGUGAUUUCUUCCGAUCUAUGUAAGUUUUGAAGAGGUUAUCUAGUGUUUGUGUGUUUGCUGAGUAUUUCAUAAAAUUAGUUGAAAUAUACGCAAACUACUUUCAUUUUAAUGAAGUUCCUUUUAAAUAACUGAA